AUCACCGGACAGAAUCAUAAUUUUGUAAAUUAUGAAACGUGUCUAUAACUCUCCCGGCUGCACUAUCCUCCCCAAAUCAAAGGCACAUAUCCGUUUGAGGAGAAAGAUCUGUUUUGAUUGGAGAAUUUAAAAUGCCCAGAAGCUGAUUGGUGGAAAGUAUAGCCUAUAGCGUUAUGGAGUUUGGAAAGAGGGCGUGGCUCAGUCAAAGGCUAGCAUUUGCCCUUUCAGUCUUCCCUCUGGUCGGACUUUGCUUUAUAAAAGAAGCUGCAGCGCUACUCUUCGCUUACUUCAUUCUUCAAUCGCACCGAGUGUUAUCUUGUUACCAUGUCUGGUCGUGGAAAAGGCGGGAAAGGUUUGGGCAAGGGAGGCGCCAAGAGGCAUCGCAAGGUGCUUCGUGACAAUAUCCAAGGUAUCACGAAGCCUGCAAUCCGCCGCCUGGCUCGCCGUGGCGGAGUCAAGCGCAUUUCGGGCUUGAUCUACGAGGAGACCCGCGGUGUCCUGAAGGUCUUUCUGGAAAAUGUCAUCCGGGAUGCCGUGACUUACACUGAGCAUGCCAAGAGGAAGACUGUGACCGCCAUGGAUGUCGUGUACGCUCUGAAGCGCCAGGGUCGUACUCUGUACGGCUUCGGUGGCUAAUCAGGAUAUCAAGAUUAUAUUACAAACGAGCUCAAAGGCCCUUUUAAGGGCCGCCCA